ACUUUUAGUCACUAACGCACACUUCCAAGGUACCUAUCAGAAUCAAAAUUCAUCCAAAUCAAAUCUUUAUAGCAAACCUGAGAAGAAAAUCUCACAACUCAUACUGUCAAGUAUCGGCAUCACUUUUAAAUUGCGCCAAUUCAGACGGCUGAUGCAAAUUAUUAACGGAUCGAUCGUUCAUUUCGAAGCGCUUUUUUGGGGAUUUGAUGACAGAAAAAACUCCUAUUUAGUAACGCCGCCAUCGUGUGUGUUCGGACAUUCCUUAUCCUGAUUUGGUCUCCAUAGAGCGGGCAGAUACUGUUGAAGUACAGUCAAGGUCGCACCUGAUUCGAAAUAAUUUAGCAAAAAGUGUGAAAUUUAGGAAGUUAAAGCAAGCAAGAGUAACCAUGAGGCGAUACCUUAUUCUGUUAGCAGCAGUCUUCCUGGUGCUGCUUGGGUCUGCCAAAUCAAGUGACAUCAUUGAUGUGGACUGCCAGAAAGACCAGGACUGCGACAUCUUUAAAAGUUCUUCUGCAAAUUCCACGUGCAUGGCAGGAAAUUGCACUUGCACGGAUCUGGCCACCGGGAAUAAGACCGAAUGUGUUCCGAGAGUAAUCAAAGCAUCCAAUUUGAUUGGGGGUCAAUGCCCUUGCUUGGCGGCAAAUUCGUUGUGCAACGAGAAGACCAACUUUUGUGUUUGCAAGGAAGGUUAUCUACCAAGUCGGGAUGCGAAACGAUGCAUUGGCAAAUCUGUGGCGCUUGGUGGUAUUUGUGAGGUCGAUGAACAAUGCAUUCAGCACGAUCAUUUUUCCCACUGCGACGAUAAGCAUCUGAACUGCAGCUGCUUGGCCCAUUUCACAUCGUAUCAGGACACGUGCCAUUCGAUUAUCGCACCCCCCAGUGGAGACACCCACUCCUGCGAAAAGGACGAAGACUGCUCGAAGAUAACGGCCCACACGGUUUGCCACGAGAAACAAUGUAUCUGCUCCCAGGGCUUUGUGGCAAAUGCCGAAAGUAACACCUGCCUGGCGGUGACCAAAUUCGAGGGAGACUGCAUCGAUUCGAACCAGUGCAUCGCCCAGCUCGGAGUCGGGUCGGUUUGCAACGAGGGCAAGUGCAUGUGCAACGACCUGUUUUUCCCUUUUCCGGUGCAUGCUCAGGAGAAUGCUACCAAGGAGGAGAAAAUCGCUACCAUCUGCAAGCGGAAAAUUUCACAUGGCGCAAGUUGCAACGACGAUAAGGAGUGCUACCAAUUUCACCGAGGACCUCACGAGCAAACCAUGGAAUGCUACAUGAGUGAAUGUGUUUGUUCUGAAGGAUUUAUCGAGAAAGAAGGAAUCUGUCUUGGUCCUAAUGGAGGUUCGUCUGUUCAAAUGUCGUCAAUGCUAGCCUUACUGGCAACAGUUAUCGUGUUUGUAAUUUAUUAAAACGCUCCGAUUGAAGCUAUGUGAAGUACCAAACAUACCUGUUGAUUUGUUUGUUAUUGUUUAGAUAAGUUUGAAUAAAUAUUUUCAAA